AUGCGUGCGCCGACCAUCUUGGACCUGUCUGAAUUCCUGCGCAAGAAAGUCCGGGCAAAAUGCGACCCAGAUUUCGGUGACCUACGCUCGACAGAGACCAAGGGUAAUUAUGGUAGCAACAGUGGCAAUAGUGGCAGUGGUAAGCAUGACAGGCGCUCCUUUGCUGCACAGGCAGUGAGGGACAAAGUUUUAGAAUGCUAUAUUUGCUCGGAGCCACACAAGGUUCCCGAGUGCCCCACCUUUGUCAGCAAUUCAAUCUCUGAGCGUCAGAAUCUUGCUAAGACUCAUAACCUGUGUUAUUCCUGCCUCAUCAAGGGCCAUCGUUCACAGGAUUGUAGGGGGAAGAGAAAGCGUGGGAAAGGUGGCUGCACUAGGUGGCAUCAUGUCUUGCUUCAUGUAGAUUCCCCACCUCCCGGUCCUUGGCCAGAUCCUCCUGCUACAGAUUCUUCCAGGCCUACUGUUGGUGUCGCCAAGGCUGCUCUUGACAAAGGUGGCAUCUUGCCUGUGGUUAGAGUUCAGGUCAGGUCGGAGAAUGGCAGGGUGAAGGAGGGCAAUGUUUUGCUGGAUUCAGGGUCGACCACCAAUAUUGUGCGGAGUGAUUUUGCUAAGGGAUUAGGCCUACAAGGUAGAAUUGAGCCUGUUGAGGUUUUGGUGGUUGGUGGUUCCCCACAUAGUCAACAGAACAGUCGUAGAUUGAAAUUCUGGCUUUCCCACUUGGAUGGGGGAGAAGAGCAUCUGGUCGAGGCCCAUGAGAUGGAUUGCACUGUAUCCGGGGUUCCUCCCUUGAAUGAGGACUAUUUGCGCUCUUUCUCCCAUCUCAGUGAUCUGGACUUGUCUCAUCCUGGGGGUCCAAUUGAUCUCAUCCUGGGGGUUCAGUAUAGUCACCUACACUCUGAAGAGGAAGUUAGGCGAGGCUUGGAUUUUGAACCUGUUGCAAAACGAGUCCCACUUGGAUGGUAUGUCAUAGGGGCUGAAGGAAAGGCUCCUAAGCGGGUGUCAGUCAAUCUUGUCAGAAAACUUGCCCCGUCUAUGUCUGACCUGUAUGAUCUUGAAGUGUUGGGAGUUAGAGCCCCAAGCUGUUCCUGUCCCAUUGAGCCCAUGUCAUCAGAAGACCGUAAGGCUCUGGAGCUUCUGGAAAGCUCUGUCAGCCAUGAUGGCGAUCGCUACAUGAUCGGUCCGCCUUGGAGAAGAGAUCCUUGUCUCUUGCCUGACAACUACAGUCUUGCUGAGAAAAGACUGUACUCCCUUGAGAAGAGCUUGUCUCGAGACUCUGACAAAGCCUCUUUGUACAAUCAUGCUGUGCAAGAAUACCUUGACAAGGGUUGGGCUGUCAAGGCAGGGCCCCGAGAGACUGACAAGAGACCGGUAUAUUACCUUCCACACCAUGGGGUGUACCGUCCUGAUAAGCCCAGCACCCCACUGAGGAUUGUCUUUGAUCCAGCGUCUAGGUUCCAAGGUGUCUCCCUGAAUUCCUUCCUUUACAAGGGACCCAACUUGAUUGGCAAUUUGUUGGGGGUGCUGCUCAGGUUCCGUGAGGACUUGAUCGCUAUUGUGGGGGAUAUCUCUAAAAUGUUCUUGCAGAUAAGACUAAAACCUGAAGACACCGAAGUUCAUCGUUUCCUAUGGAGGAAUCUAGAUGACACGAGAGAGCCAGAGAUCUACAAACUUACCAGGGUGGCCUUUGGUGACAAGUCUUCCCCUGAUAUGGCAAGCCUGGUGAUGCUGAAGAUCGCGGAACGCCACGAGACAUCCCACCCCGAUGCAGCCCAGAUCCUGAAGCGAGACCGGUAUAUGGAUGAUUUGAUCCAUUCGUGCGAACAGACGAGCCAGGCCAAGGGCAGGAUGGGUGAUCUGGACGAGAUCCUGGACACUGGGAAGUUUGGGAUCAAGAUCUGGUAUAGUAACUUGGCUGGUAAGGAGUCAAUGAGUCAGAAGUCUGAGGCAUGUGUUGGUGAGUCUGUUGAUCUCGGAGGUGGUGGUGAUAGCGUCAAGACUCUAGGUGUCUCCUGGAAUCAUAAGUCUGAUAUGAUUCAUUUCCGGGUCAAGGACCCCCCUUCUGAGUCUCUGACGAAGAGGUUGGUGCUGUCAUACAUGUCCACUCUGUUUGAUCCUCUUGGUCUGGCGACCCCUGUCACGGUCACAGCCAAGAUUGCUAUGCAAGAUAUCUGGAGAAUCAAGGAACUUGGUUGGGACACCAAUCUACCACCGGACCAGGUAAAGAGGUGGAGCAAGAUUUUCGCGGAUUUCAAGCAGCUAGAAACGUCUGUUGUCAUCCCCAGGUCUGUCAAGCCUGUAGACGCGUUGGGACAACCCCAACUUCAUGUGUUUGUUGACGCCAGCCUGCAUGCAUAUGGUGCCUGCGGCUACAUGUUGUGGCCAAUGCCAGAUGGCAUUAGUGUCCGUCUGUACUCGUCAAAGGCAAGGGUGGCCCCGCUACACCAGACUACGGUGCCACGCCUUCAGUUGAUGGCGGCUCUCAUUGGUUCCCGUCUUGCCAAGACCAUCCAUACUGAGUUGCGCACCAAGCCUGAUGUUCAUUUGUGGUCUGAUUCUCAGAUAGUUCUUCAUUGGGUGAAGUCUGAGUCGCUCUCUUUGAAACAGUUUGUUGGCGUACGCGUUGCUGAGAUUCAGUCCACCUGGGAUCCCUCGUUAUGGAAGUAUGUGCCCACAGCCCUAAAUCCAGCAGAUGAUCUUACCAGAGGACUCAGGCCAGAUGAGAUGACAGGUCGUUGGAUUGAAGGACCGGAUUUCCUGAAAAGGGGAGAGAUGCAUUGGCCAGACCAGACAUCACUGAAGUUAGCUGAUGUGGAUAGCGAGAAGAAACCAGACCGAGAAUUUCCCAAGAUGUCUUCAGCGGUUGUGAAGAUUGUCCCACCGAUCAAGAGCUACGCCUAUUCGAGUUGGCCCAGACUCAUCACGGUGACAGCCCUUUGUCUUCGCUUCAUUGGGAAUCUCAAGGCCAAGGUCAAGAAAGAAGAUGGAAGGACUGGAGAACUCGAACCGGGGGAACGCGAGAAAGCUGAGGAAUACUGGAUCUCUACUGCCCAGGAGGAGUUGACUGACUGGCAUACACGCUGCAAGGACCUCGCUCCCUUUCGAGACAGUGAGGGAAUGCUCAGGGUUGGGGGUCGUCUUCGCAAGUCCCCUCUGUCCUAUGAUGAAAACCAUCCCUUUCUCCUUCCCUCUUCGAACCACAUUUCCAAGUUGUUGAUGAGAGAUGUCCAUUAG